UCCAUAUUCCAUAAUCCUCCAUAUUCGAUAUUGUGUAAAGUGUAUAGUUAUCGCGAUAUUUUCGCACCGGUAUUCGAAAAGGCGCGACAAUACGUCAGACGCAGUAUAUAGUAGGUAUACUCUCCGCGAAUGCAGUACUUAUAACGUAACCGCAACAACGCUGCACGAUCCAUAUAGCUAUCUCGUCCGCGAUGCGCUUGGUCAACCUCUCACCCUUGGUGUUAGCAAUCUCAGCAGUACCUUCUUAUUCGAAAACAAUAACGAUAACAGUAAAUAAAGAUACGCGCGUGUAAACAUUAAAUACGGAAACGGAAGAGGUCGAGAUUCUUGGCAGAAGGAGACUGCACGAUGAUAAUCGUGCUCUUCCACGUUUUCUACCUUUUGGGUAAGUUUGUUUACAACCGCUGCAGCGGUGAUAAGAGGCGACUCAUGGGAGACGACGACCCUUACGCCGGUGUUGGAGCCCAGUCCAAGGCGAUGAAGGAACAGGUGAACCUUCAGCGGAGGUUGUCCAAUGAUGGCGAGGAGAGCAAGUCGACCAUCAGGUUCUCGCCGCCUGCUUUCAUUCAGAGAUACGAGGCUGUCGUGAACGUGCUGACGGAUAAGAGAUACGGUGGUAAACUGAAGAAGAUUGUUGAUUUUGGAUGUUCGGAGCUUGGGUUUGCCAUCUACCUGAAGAGGAUGAUUGGCGUGGAGGAGGCUCUGUUUGUGGAUAUCGACAAGAACACUCUGGACACGUAUAAAGAGAAGACGAGACCGCUGCACACUGACUACUUGCACAAAAGAUCAACUCCCUUGGUUUUCAGAGUAAUGGAGGGUAGCGUCACUCAACACGACAAGUCUCUAGAGGGCUGCGAUGCUGUUGUGUGUAUAGAAUUAGUUGAGCACCUAUAUCCUGAACCCUUGACCGAGUUACCGUUCAAUAUAUUUGGAUAUAUAAGGCCCAAAGUAGCAAUCAUUACAACACCAAAUGCAGAUUUCAAUGUACUUUUUUCAAACAUGGCAAAAUUUAGGCAUUGGGAUCACAAGUUUGAAUGGACCAGAAUACAGUUUCAAGAUUGGGCAAACAAUAUUGUGACAAGAUUCCCAGAGUAUGAAGUAACAUUCCAUGGAAUAUGCGAUGGACCACCAGGAACUGAAAGUCUUGGUGCUUGUUCACAAAUGGCAGUCUUCCAUAAAAGUUACGAUUUGAGUGUUGAAAAAGUAACAGGUACAGAAGGUCUUUAUAAUCCUGUAGCAACUCACGAAUAUCCAUUUGAGAUUGAUAAUCGCUCGGAUGAGCAGAAAAUCCUUGAUGAUGCUGUAUAUUACAUAAGAAAGUUUUCCAUAAAUGAGGACGGUUUAGAAGAAGAAAUUUCUCUGGCAUAUUUGCUAAGAUUUAUGAAAAAAUACUAUAUAUCGUCGGAUGAAUUAAAGCAGAUAUUGCAAAAUGCUGGCUGGUCGGUUGUUGACAGAGAAAAUGGCCCAGUCGUGUUAAUCGCUCCGUCGACAGUAUCCGACGACAGUAUCAAUGAUCGAGAUCCAAACGACUUUCUGGAUCACGAUUAUCCACCGGGAUAUUAUGAUGCAUGGAAUGAAGAUCCAGGACCUGGUGCAGAUUAUUUCUCGCGCAAUGACGGUAACGAUGUAGACGUAGUCGGUGAAGAAGAGUGGGAAAAUACACCAUGGAUUGAAAAUGAAACGCAUGAUCUGAAGGCUAAAUCUGAAAUGUGGGAUACAGAGGAGGAAAAUAGUACUCCAUCAAUUCAUCCAGACGACGUAUGUUUGGACGAUAUAGUUACUGAAAGUCGUUCUAGUGAGUUGGACAAUUCAGCUGUAGAUGAUUCUAUUAUGAUCUCCAGUUUUUCGGAAACGAAAGAUUCUGAUAAUUCGGAGAACACGAAAAAUUCACGUGUUCAGGCACAAGCCUCUUCAAUCGAUAUUGAUAACAAGAUUGAAGAGUUAAGUACUUCACUGCUUCCUCAUCAACCAAUACAAGCAAAUGAUUCAAUGACUGAUUUUACAGAAGAUUCUUUCACCAAACAUACAAGCAUGUGUAGUAUGUAUUUAGAGCCAUCUCAAAUAAGCAGAGGCUUGUACUUGGAAGAUUUGACAGAUCCGUUACUCGAAUCUGAUCUUGCAAGUCCUUUACCCAAUAAACCAAACAAAAAGUUAAAAUUAAAUCACAAUGAAGCGUUAAACAAUGUAAGCGAAAAUACUUUCGAAGAUCCUAAAUACACGAGUUCACCACACGUUCCAUCAUCUUUGACAAGUAAAAAACGGAAAAUUUCAAAACCCAGAACUAGACGUUCUAAUUCAAAUUCUUCCAGUAGCAGCAAUGACGGUUUAUUGUUAUGCACAAACGAAUCAUCAAACGAAGUACUUACGGAAAACGGGAGCCAACAAAAUAAAUCAAGCGCAUGUUCAAAUGAAUCUGUGAUAGCUGAAAGUAAUUUCAGUAGUGGAAAUUCGCCCCAAACAAAUUACUCUGAAAGUCCUGAAAAAUUAAGACAUUAUACUGGUACUAUACCAAAAAGCUUUAACGGGAAAAUUCCCGAAAUGAGAAUAAAUACACAGAAAGAAACGAAACUGGAAAGAAUAUCUCCAGACACACCAGAAAGUCCACCAAACAGUUGGUCACCGGAAAUAAUGGACUCUGGCUAUCCAAACUCAAAUUCUCCCCCUGAUUUAUCUCCUGAAUACGAUUUGUCAAGUAUAGCACACGAUCACUCCUCGGAUUCAGACUCGCCUAGCAUAGCUGAUGCACCGAGAAUUGGGUGGAAUUUUGACGUUCCCGAAGUUGAAAACAGAGAUCUCGCGAACAACAAUUUGGAUGACGAGGGAAACCACAUGGAGGCUGAUGGGAAUCAGCACAUAAACGAUCUCAGACCGCUCAUCAACGUGCUCGAGAACGAUUUGGAAAACGAAAAUGACAUUUAUGUCGUCAGGAAUGGCUUUCCGAUAUGGUUGUUGAGAAUAUUGCAAAGGUUCGAUGCCGAAGGCAUGGGAAUAAAUUUACCGAUGCUUCAUCCUCCGAACGAAAAUUACGGUUAGGGUCUAGUGAAUAACAAUUUCUAUAUUUUUUAUGAAGAUCAUUUUGUAUUUCGUUCAAGCUGAAAAAAGUUAAGAAUCUUAAUUAAGUGUUCAGAUUGACGAUCAGUUAUGAGCGUUUCUAAACUGACGUUAAAGCACAUUUAACAUAGUAGCUGACAGUGAACUCCUUUUAGACCAAUAUUAACGAGAUUAGACAUAGUGGUCUAUGUGAUAUUUGGUGAGCACUGUCGAAUGCUGCAUAGAAAUAAUUACGCGUAAGUUGAUAAAUUCAUUAUAGUUGACGUUUUAAGGCAUUAUUCAAAUAAGCAUGCUCCAAAACGAAUGUGUUCAUUGCUUAAAUGUCUUUUGAUCUUACAAUAUAGUUAUAUGUAUGUAUAUUAAUUUUGACGACAUCGAAUAUGAAAUCAAAUAUUCGGAACUAAACUUUUGUGAAUCUAUACGGACAAAAUAGUUUAUUUACCUUUGAUAUUGUUGGAUAUAUUUCCAAAAUAUCUGUAUAAUUUUCUACAAUUUGUAUAAUAAUUGGUUUGAUCAAUUUUCCUAGUUAUUUUACAGUCUGACAUAAGGAAAAUAUUUAUAGAAAAAUUUAAGCAAUUUAUAAAAAUAUUUAAAAGCAUGGAUCUGUCUUCAUGAAUAGCACUGUUUUUAGUACACAGUUAAAGCAUAUCUGUACUUCUGAAAAUCAAAAAUUUCUUAUCUACCUUUUUUUCUAAUUAAUAAAACUAGAGUACUUGCGUUAUUUUUCUAUGAAGUAUAAAUAUGAAUAGUCUAUGACCGUGUUAAAAGCUUAUAUAUUAUAAAGUUUUGUACAGUCUGAUAUUGUACAAAGGAAAAUAAUUAAAUUUAUACCUAAGCUAUCACUAAUACUUUGUCUGAGACUGAUAUGACAUAUCAUUUUAUCCUAGAAAAAUGAUAUGAGAACUUAGCCAAAUAUAGUAACGUAGAGUUUCUUAAGUAGGCUUUAAAUUAAAAAAAUUAAGUAGUGAUAAACAAAUAGCCAGAGGCCAGAAAACAUGAAAAUGAAAAUUGGAAACUACUCUUUAUUAUGAAAAAGUUUUAAAUAAAAAUAUACCACUAUGUACAAUAAUGUUCCUUUAUUAUUUCGACUUGUAUUCCAUUACACAAUGAUUUUAUCAUAUUUACAUACGUUUAUAUAGUCGUUCGUUCUUGUGCCUACAGUAAUGACGCAAUUUAAUAAUCGCAAUAAUAAUUAGUCGUACAAAACAAACUAACAAACAUUUAUUUCUAUGAAAAAUCCAGAAAAAUUGACAUAAACCGAGAGACACUAACAUAACUUGAAAAUUAAGGUAAGUCUUUAUUACGUAUACUUUUUUACAUUGUUUAAAUAUUAACAAAAUUCCAAUAAUAACUUUAAUAAAACAAUCCAAUACUUAUGGCACAAGGCAAAAUUUACAAACAGAUUUUUAUAUUGCAAAGACUCCUUUCAAAAUAUGUGAAUGUAUUGUAUAUGUAACUAUUAUUUACACCAAAAUAACAAUAUUGACUAAUAUUGAUAUUGAAUAUAUUGCGUGUUCUGUCAAAUGAUAGGUAAUGUUUUUGUGAUACUUAUAAGAGUGAUCUUAUUCGUAAUCUGCUAGAAUUAUUAACUAAAUAUAGCGCUGAAAUGAAGUGACAUGUAAUUAUAUCCCGACUUGCUUUACUACAAAGUGCAAAAUAUUCUUUUAAAGUUUUUUAUUAGGUAUUUUAUUUUAAUUAUCAAAACUACGACAAUAUCUUAAAUGAACUCUUGAGAGUUCCUAAAUAAGAGCCAAAAAGAAUGCUUUAUUACAAAACGUCGUAACCUUUCAACGCUGAAUGACUAUAAGAUAAAUCUAAUGACGUAAGUGUUUGUGCCAAUUGAGAAAAUUAAAAAAAAAAUGUAACAUAUUACAAAAAUAAUAGGUCGUUCUUAUAAAUGACUUUUUAUCAUUCAUUUUUGGAAUGUUAACAUUGAAUGCGCAAUCUUAAUUGCUCGCCUUUAAUAUGUAACUAUAUAGGAAUGGUUAAUGGACGAAUUCAAACGAUCACCUAAAAAAUCCACGUUCGUUAUUCGUUUGAUUUUUACCCUAGACGUUACAGCCACUCGUUACAUUAUCUCAAGUUCAUUCAACUAGACUUGAAAAAUGGCGAAUUUAAUCGACGCACUGACUCGUUUGAACGCAAUCGCUUUUUAGAGGAUACAAUGAAGGUAUUACAGAGGAUACGCAUGAGAAGUUCAAGAUUUAGUCUCGAUCAUUGAUGUGCAACGUGACAAAAAUUCGAUUAGUGAUGAAGCAGUCCUGGUUAAAAAAUGAAUUAAAAGUAAUUGGCCAAUACUGAUGAUACCAAAUUACAGUCAGGGAUUUAUUGUUAAUUAAUUUAUCUUUUUAUCCAUCUGUGAUAAAUCGAAAUACUAAUACAAAAAGUAUCAACUAAUUAUUUUAGAAACAAUAAAACACAAAUUUUCGUUCAAUGGAAACCCUAAAAUGCUACAGAAGCUCGCGAUUUUAAGCAUUUCGUAAAAAAUUUAAGCAAAGAAUAUAAAAGUAAAUACAUAAAAAAACACUUAAAACGAAGGUAAAAAAUACGU